AUGCAGAUCAAAGAUGAAGGAGCACUGACGUUCCUUGGAAAAUUAAAGGGAGAUCCCAACAAAAGGCCAAGGGACAAGUAUUGUUGCUUUCACCGAGACCACGGGCAUGACACAGCCAAUUGCUACGACCUGAAGCAGCAGAUUAAGGCCCUUAUCAGACAAGGGAAGCUACAAAGGUUCGUCAACAGGGAAAGAAUCGAUCCACUGAAGGAACAGGCCCCACGACGGGAGAACGAGCGCCCUAGACCACCUAUAGGGGACAUAAGAAUGAUCGUAGAGGGCACAACCGCAGCCGGAUCUUCCAAAAAAGCCCGCAAAACCUACCUCAGGAUGGUCCAUAGCGUCCAACUUACAGGAUCCAUACCCAAGAUGCUGCGAAUAGAUAAUCCCAUUAUCGGAUUUUCAGAGGAUGACGCUCGGAGACUUCACCAUCCUCAUGACAACGUACUUGUGGUCAGUUUGCAAACAGGGGAUUAUAACAUGCAUCGAGUCCUCGUUGACAAUGGCAGCUCAGCAGACAUCCUGUACUAUCCAGCAUUCCAGCAAAUGAGAAUUAACAGGGAAUAG